AUGGAUAAAUUUGUGGUUCGCGCCCCAAAGCAGGCCGAUGACGGAAAGCAGGAGAAGAAGUCCUCGGAGCGAGUUUACAGACAGGCCACUCUGGAGUCAUUAAAGAGAGUGGUUGUGAUUGAGGACAUUGAAAGGUACAAGUCCAUUCUUGAACUGCCUGGCCAGACCAAGGACAACAUGUUAAUGGCGCUGAGUGAGCUUGACAAGAAGGUCCCUUCUAAAGAGGUGCUUAGGUCCACCAAGAUUGGCCACACGGUUAACAAAGUGCGCAAACAGCAUCCAGACGCUGAAGUGAAGGCUUUGGCACGAGAAGUCUACACACACUGGAGAACGUUCAUCGAGGAGAACGCCAACAAACCGUCCAUAGAGGUCCGCUGUGAUAAACAGACUGAAGGACUCAGGAGCAACGCUGUGAAACUCCUCUCUGAAAGCAUCGGCUUGGAGGUUAAUGACGGACUGGUCGAGAACAUCGAGAGGGAAGUGUUUCACCAGUGCUCACGGCUGGUUAACGGAGUCUACAGGAGGACUAUUAGAGCUCUCGUCUUCGCUCUCAAACACAAGCCUGAUAUCAGAGCACAAGUGAAGGAUGGUAAAGUCCCUGUGAACGUAUUCGUGAGCAACCAUAAGAAGAAACAGUGAGAUGAAGACAGACUGGAAACAUCCUUCAGCCAGUAGUUCUUAACAUUCACUGCUGCUUGAGGAAACUGGAAAAGGAUCUUUUUACUUUUUAUAAAACGUUUUUAUAUUUUUUUGGUUUUAACAGCUUUUUUAACAGCAAAAUGUCAAUAUUACAAUCAUCAUGCUGCCAUCCAGACUGUGUCUUUUUCAGGGAAGGCCUUGCUUAUUCCAGCAAGAUGAUGCCAAACCACAUUCUCUACGUAUAACAACAACAUGGCUCCGUAGUAAAAGAGACAGGGUGCUAAACUGGCCUAGACCUGUCGCCAACCAUUGAAAAGAUUUUGCGCAUUAUGGAAUGAAAAAUACAACAAAGGAGGCCCCGAACUGUUGAGCAGCUGGAAUCCUAUUUGAAGCAAGAACAGGAAAACAUUUCUUUUUUAAAACUACAUCAAUCUGUCUCCUCAGUUCCCAGAUGCCUACAGAGUGUUGCUAAAAGUAGAGGUGAUGCAACACAGUGGUAAACAGGCCCCCGUCCCAACUAUUUUGAAAUGUGUUGCUGGCAUCAAA